CGCCGACGGCCCCGCGCCCAUGACGAUGCUGCUGGACGGAGGGCCGCAGUUCCCGGCGCUGGGGGUGGGCGGCUUCGCGGCGCCCCGGCACCACGAGAUGCCGGGUCGCGACGCCGCCGCUGCCGGUAUGGGGCUGGGCCCCUUCGGGGACUCCUCGCACGCCGCCGCCUUCAAGCUGAACGCGGCCCCGCACGACCUCGCCGCCGGGCAGAGCUCGGCGUUCACGCCGCAGGCGCCGGGCUACGCCAGCGCCCUGGGCCACCACCACCACCACCACCACGCCGGCCAGGUGCCCUCGUACGGCGGGGCCGCCGCUUUCAACUCCACACGCGACUUUCUGUUCCGCAACCGCGGCUCCGGCAUCGCGGACGCCGCCUCCGGCACGGCGCAGCACGGGCUCUUCGGCGGCUCCCCCGGCGGCUUGCACGGCCCCGGCGGCAUCCCGGACACCCCGGGAUACCUGCUCUUCCCGGGGCUCCACGAGCAGAGCCCGAGCCACACGUCCCCCAACGGGCAUGUGGACAACGGGCAGAUGCACCUGGGGCUGCGCGGGGACCUCUUCGGGCGGCCGGAUCCCUACCGGGCCGUCUCCAGCCCCCGCACGGACCCUUACGCCGGCGCCCAGUUCCACAACUACAACCACAUGAACAUGAAUAUGGGCAUGAACGUGGCGGCCCACCACCACCACCAUCACCACCACGGCCCCGGGGCUUUCUUUCGGUACAUGCGCCAGCCCAUCAAGCAAGAAUUGUCCUGCAAGUGGCUCGACGAGAGCCAGCUCAGCCGGCCCAAGAAGAGCUGCGACAGGACUUUCAGCACCAUGCACGAGCUGGUGACCCAUGUCACCAUGGAGCAUGUCGGAGGGCCGGAGCAGAACAACCACAUCUGCUACUGGGACGAGUGUCCGCGGGAAGGCAAGUCCUUCAAGGCGAAAUACAAACUGGUGAACCACAUUCGGGUGCACACGGGCGAGAAGCCCUUCCCCUGCCCCUUCCCGGGCUGCGGCAAGAUCUUUGCCCGCUCCGAGAAUCUCAAGAUUCACAAGCGGACGCACACAGGUGAGAAGCCUUUCAAGUGCGAGUUUGAGGGCUGCGACAGGCGCUUCGCCAACAGCAGUGACAGGAAGAAACACAUGCACGUCCACACCUCGGACAAGCCCUACAUCUGCAAGGUGUGCGACAAAUCCUACACCCACCCCAGCUCACUUAGGAAACACAUGAAGGUGCACGAAUCCCAGGGGUCGGACUCUUCCCCUGCAGCCAGUUCGGGGUACGAGUCCUCCACCCCCCCUGCGGUGGGCUCCGCCGGCAGUAAGGACUCCACUAAAACGCCGCCGGCCGCCCUGCAGAGUAACCCCGGCCACAACCCUGGACUGCCCCCCAAUUUUAAUGAGUGGUAUGUGUGAAGGCAGCUGCUGCCCGGCCACAGACUGGACCAAAUGCAUUGGGAACGAGGAAAAAAAAAGGACGAACCAAGCCAACUGCAGCUCGCUCCCAUGGAAAUGGAGUUUCCACACCGACGACCGCAUAGGGCUACACCUAGUUAACUGCCAGGAUCCAGAGGGGGGUCUUUUAUUAUUAUAUUAUAAUUAUUACUAUUUUUUUGCAAGCCCAGACGCUGGACUAGCCAUGUCCUUUUCUCAGGAUUAGAUUUCUUUUUUUUGUUGUCAUUUUUUUCAGUCGCAAUCGUUUCUUUGAUUUUUUUUUCCCCCUCCUUGCCCGAGUCCUUCUUCUGCCAAUUCCCCACUAUUUUUUUAUUCCUAAUUUGUUUUGUUUUUCCUUCUUUCGGUGGGAUGUUGACAUGAGGAUGAAAAUUCUCCUUCGCCUUAGUGGUGAUUGUUUAAACUUACAGUCUUAAACCGUGCCAAAGUCCUGUUAUGUCUUGAACUUUCCUUUCUAGCUCUCCUGCUGCUUCUUUCUCUGAUCUCUUUCUCCUUCUCUCUCUCCAAGCAUUACACUUGUGAAUGUAUUCUCGUCUGAUGGGGUCGGUCAGUAUUUUUCAGGAUGAGGAUGUGGUGUUUAUUCUGCCCAGAUUGUGACGUUUAGUAUAACAGUUGCCUUUUUGUAAUAACUUUUUUUGUAAAUACAUACCCAUGAUGCCAUAUUUAUCGUUCGUAAUUUAAUUAUUGAUACAAAGUGCCGGGAACUGAACAAUAUUUAUGGGGGAGAAAAAAUUGUUUUCUAACAAAAAAAAUACAAACAAAAAAAAAUUCCAACUCUGUACAGCUUUUGGUUAUAACUGCUUUAGCAUUAAAAGUUUAUUGUUUUGGAAAGAGCCGUUUUUGACCUCCUCCGGGGGACGGGGCAGCCGCGGGUGCCGUCGCGGGCCCGGUUGGCGCUGCCGCCCGGGCCGGGCCGUUGUUUUCGAGCUGGCGAUGCCGGGUGAAGCCGCCUCCUCGCCGCCGCUCUUUUCUCGUGUCCCUUUGUCCCCGCCCUCCGCCGCCCGGCAGUUUCGCUCCCCCGCCACCUUCCCGAGCCGACCGAUCUCGGGGCGCGGCGCCGCCGAGGGAGAGCAGCGCCGGGGGCAGCGCGGCCGCCUCGACGGGGAGGUCCCGACGGUGAGUACCGGGGCGGCGCAGUGCCCGGCGCCGCUUGGAUGUAGCGCUGGGAUGUGGGGGCCGGCCAACCUUGCGGGACCGGCACCGGGCUGCAUGCCGGGGGGGGACCGGGGCGACCUCGCGGUGGGCAGGACUUUCUCCGUUAUCGUCUGGUUUGUUUUGUUUUCCUUUAUUUCUGACUAGGAUGCGGAAAAGCCUCCCCGUCCUCAGGAGGAAAAGGGGUCGAGCGGAGACAUCUCAUCCGAGAAACUUCUCCUCUGGCGCCACACAGGAGCUCCAAGCAACCAGAGAGACGGUGGAAACCGUCCCUCCUCGGCAAACCUCUGUGUCCCGGUGGCCUCGGCGGGCCGGACGGAGGUGCCGCAGGGGAUACUCAGGUCCUCCCGCCCCGGCGGAGCGCGGCCGGUGCUCCCCUCCAGCGCGGCCAGCCCGGGCGUGCGGCUCCGCAGCUGCAUCUUCCCUCCGAUCCGCACCUCCCCUGACCGGGGGAGACCCCAGACAGGCCCCCUCUUGAACUUGACUGGGGGCACAGGGGAAGGCCGGGGUGGCCCCUCCUGCCUGCCGCAGGGGCCGCUCGGGCGAGUAACCCGCGGAGCCUUGCAUGCUUUAAAAUUCACGUUUGAACAAAUCUACCCUCUCCUUUUUCCCAAGGAAAAAAAAAAAGGGGGGAAAAAAAGGUUUCUCGCACAGGAGAAAGGUGAAUCGCAGCCUCUGCAGCUGCACAUCUAAAAAAAAAAAAUAAAAAAUAAAUCCCUCCAGCUCCUCACUGGCCACUUAAAAUAGUUCCCUUCGAGGUGUCCCAGCUGGACAUGGAUCUCUGCUUCUUUUUUGCUGUGAAGUCUUUCUCUCGCUGUGCGCAGAGCCGAGCCCGGGGCUGGACGCGGAGCGCUGCCGGCCCGGGCCCUUCCCGGGGGGCGAGCGGGGCCACCCCGCCCCGCGGCGGGCGAGGAGCAGCGGAGCCGCCGGGCGCCGUCGGGUUUUCCUCGGACACCCACCUGGGUCGCGUCUGCGUCGCUCCGGACCGCGCCAGGCUUGGAAACGUGCCGGUAGGCUCGGUUUCGUUACUGCUUUGCUCGGACCCGGGGAGGCGCGGGGCGCGCAGGGCUCCGCGGGGGCGCAGGGCUGGCGACGGCUGCUGCUGUCGGUCCCCAAAACGCCGUCCCAGAGUGGGGGGCUCUGCUGUGGCCGGGGUUGUCCUUUCUGGCUCCGCAGUGGCUCUGGCUGGUUCCCGGGGCCCUCGGGCCGUGCUGGCGUACUUGCCCUCCUGCCUGCCCCCGCAGUUGCUUCCUUCCUUUGACUGGCAGCACUGCCCCUGCCAUUUUUAUUGCCAGGAAUUUAAACCAGCAUCCUGGCUCAUUUGGCUUCCCGUGGGUCGCCAGUCAGUCCCCCACCCUGGGACCUCCCCAUCCAGGCAGGGCUUGCUACCAGUAUGGGGAAGAGUGGAGCAAACUGUUGAUUGUACCCCACUGAGGUCCAGGGUCCCCCCAUCCCACUCUGCAGCCCCCCCCAAAAUGGGGCAUGGAUGGGCAGGUGCAGCUGGGGUGGGGGUGUGUGUGGUAUGGGAUGAAGGAAUGGAUUUGGGAUGGAUGCAAAAAGGGCUGAGGACCUCUUUGGCUCUGAAAUGCUUGCAGAGCACAGAGUUCAGCACCAGCACCAUGAGAUGGGGCAGGAAGGCCAUGUCCCUCGAGCAUGGUACACUGUGCUGGUGGGUGCUGCUGGCCCCGAGACUUUGGGGAUGAAGGCCAGGGAAGAGCUGUCUCACCCUGCAGCUGAGUCCUCAGCUCUCAUGGUCAAAUAAGAAGGGCUUUUCUGUAAAAAGAAGCAAAAAGUCUCUGUUCCUCACCCGUGCUAAUUGCAGGGAGAUAUAGAGAGUCCUGGAGUGGGAAAGGUCCUUUUUCCCAGAUUUCUUAGGCUGGUUUUGUGAGCUGGGGAGAGACAGCUCAUGAUUUUCAAAGCCAGGGCCUGGCAGUAGGGACCUGUGGGCAUUCCCUGUGCUCACAGCUUGGACAAAAGCGUUACAGAGCCAGCCAGGGCAGAACAGCGCUGGCAGGGCAGGUGCCAUGUUAGCUCAGCUUUUAGUGUGUCAUAAUAAUGGGACUUGUGUCACACCCCAGAAAAAUCCCAGGACUGGUCACAAAAAGGGGACGUAUUCUGCUGUCCUCUCCCAGACUGGCAGUUCCCUUGAAGUUGCUGUGCUUGCUUGUAUGAGCAGGAUUAGGUGGAUUUGUCCCCACAUAAACAGAACUCAGGAUGGUUUUCUAAAAGGGGUAAUGUUGAUUCAUUGUGCUAUAACGAAUCUAAGCAGAGGCAGGCGAUGAGCUGGAGCCAUUCCUUCUCUACCACGCUUUAUGAGCCAUGAAUAUUUUGAUUCCUUUGGUGUCAUUGUUUUUGCAUAUCUGUCUCUGUGUCUGGUGUAAUCCUCUGAAAAGAAUAUUUUUUUUUUCAAGCUUUGUGCGUGCCAUUAGCAGCUAGUGGUUGCACACAGUGUGAAGGCAGAGUCCUGAAGGCAUUUUGAUCAGGUUGUGUUCAAGUAUCUCAGCGUUAUGACACCAGGAAUUAAGUUCCUAUAGUAACUCUGUUGGCUGUAAAGCUCCAAAGCAGUGGAUAGGGUGUAGUAUUCUGUGUUUGCAUUUUAUUUUUUUAAUAUAAUGUUCCCAGAUUAAAAGCACCACACACUAACCUUUCUCCUCUUAUAGCUGAGCCUAACUUUCACGACUGUUUCAUAAACCAUCCCUGUUAUUUAUGCUGUUAGUAUGAUCAGCUGUAAGGAAAAUAUUUCUGCAGAGGUGCACUCUGGGUCUGGAAAAGUAAAACUCCAGAGAAAACUAAUAUUCUUUGAGAAAUCUAAUUUUAUUAUAGAGUGUCCAGAAGGAAAUAGUUCGUAACGUACUGACUAUGACUACUCUGUACAUCCCCUGAACUGAAAUGUUUGGUUAACCUUUCUAUGCCAUUUGUAUGGGAUAAAAAUAUAAUUUAUGUCUUGCAAGUGCCUGCUCACCUGAACGUAACUGCAAGCAGUAAAAAUACUUUUGUAAGAGCUUACAGUGGUGAGAAUGGCAAAGCAAGGACCUGCCCUGCAGACUUGAUAGGAGGCUGUUUAGGAUGGCUUUGCAGACAUCUGUUCUGCAGGAGUCGUGAAAAAACCCUCUGCAGGAUCCGGGGGAGGCACUUGACUAAGGAGGCACAGGUAUAUUUUAAUAUUAAGAUGCUAAUUUUAUUCUCAGUAAAGAAGGUUGUGUGCUGCUUAGGUUUUCUUUUAGCUGACACUUCAGUAGUGUUUCUCCAUUUCAAAUGUUCGUGUGAAAAGAAACUUUAUUAAAAAGGGCUGGGGGAAAAAAAAAAAAGAGUUUAGCUGAAUGAUUUUGUUUUGGCAACUUGUUCAAUAGUGGCAGCUUUGAAAUUGCCAAAGCUCGACUUUGAAAUGGUUGAAUGGCUGAUACGUGAAGUUUCUGUUGAGGGAGACCCAGCCUGCAUGCUGGGGAUUUUUUCCUGUGCAUGCUGAGCGAGGUAGCCUGACCUGGGACAUUGGGGAAACUUGGAGAGGGGAAAAGUCACCGGUGGUCCUGCUGGCUGGGAGGAGGCUGGGGAAGCUGCAGACGCUUAAUGGCAAGGAUCAUAAAGGAUACAUGCAGAAUAGGGCUAUUCCCUUGUUUUUGCUGUUUUUCAGAGCAUCAUAUAAUCCCAGUUUAGGCCUGUGCUAGUCCUGCAGCUACAAAAUGGCUCUUGGUGAGGUUUUGGGGCACUUGGUGUGGUGGAGCAAGGGGCUGGGCAGAGAUUCCGAAGCUUUCCAGGCGGCUUUGCCCUACCUGGCUUCCAGUACCUCCAUCUCUGUUGUUCAGGCAGAAACUGGUCUGUGGGCAGGACGAAAGUGGAACAUCGUCAGGGUUUGGUGUGGGGGUAAAAGGUGUGUUGCUCUGCAGCCUGUGCUGGGACUGUGCCCCAGCAGGUGCCGGGUGUCACCGCUCCCUGUGCUCCAGAGGGAGCUGGGUGGGAUUUUGGAGCAGAAAUGAGUGUUGGGCUUUAUUCACAGGCGGAUACCUUUAGCUGGGAGGGUCACAGCAGGGGAGAAAACACUGGGAUUUUGGUUUCUGCUAGCCAUGGGCUCGCUGUAUUUGUAUGCCACAGAGAAUAACCACUUUGGAAAAUGUACCUGCAGCCAGAAAGGCUCAAGAGGCAGUGCGUUAGCAUAUAGUCUUUGCUUUAAAUAAAAUCACCCACUUAUUUAUAUCAUCUUUAAAUUCCCCUCAGUUUCAGUAAGACAUUAUUUCAGUGCAAAAUCUGGUGUUUGUAUUUUUUUUUAAAGUAAUUUUUUUCUGCUUUCUGUAGUUUACAUAGCAUGAUUCUUCUGUUUUGAGCAAGAAGAUAUUGUUUUUUCAUUCACUUUUUUCCUUAUUUUAAUUUUUUCCUGUUUAUUCUUUAGCUGUGUUAAUAGAAUGACAUUGAAUUUAAGCUUUCCACCCCUUCAGUGUGUUCUCACUGAAAAUAAACAUUUUUUUUGUUUGCAUUUAGCACCCUAUUAAAUCCAUGGACUUGAACUUCUCAGGGAUUAUUGAUAAACUCAAGAAAAAAGUAAAGCUUGUGUUGAGAUUGGUGAAACUCCUUCUUAACUAUAGGAAAAAUCUUAAUUUGGACUUAAAUAUUAUAUUUAAUUAAAAGAAAAAUCUUUGUGCAGCAGAUGGUGUGACUAAAGUUUCUCUGACGUAUGUUGAGUGCAGAAUUUGCAAGGACUGGACUCUGGUCACUCACUUGGUACAAGGGCUCCUGGUGCUGAGGAAGGCAGAUGUUCCCCAGAAUACUCAUUUUCCCCAUAAUAUUUACUUUUACUAGAAAGAAGAUGCUGCAAGAAUGUGCUGAAACUGCCAAUCAUAAAUAUUUAAAAAUCAUGUUCCAGGCACACUUGUAAUGGACUUGCUCAAUUUUACAAGAUUAUGAAAGGAAAAGAAAGUACACAAUUUUUUUUCUUUUUCUGCUGUUUUUUUUUCAGUGCUGUGAGCCUCACUGUCCAGAUUUUAUUUUGCCUCUUUUUUCUUUCUUUUUUUUUUUCUUUUGGUGACACCUACAAGGCUAAAGGGGCAUAUAUUUGUGUUUUAAAGUGGAGCUCAAAUUUUUGUGUAAUUUCAUGAUUCUAGAGCUUGACUUACAUUUUUUAAAAUGAGGCUAUUUGCCAGUAUUGUAAGAAUUGACAAAACUGCAGCAGUAAAAUAUAUAUUUAAUUUUUAAUCUUGCAGAAGUAUUUUAAAAUAAUACAGUAAGUGGAGUGAUUUGCCUUAAUGGCUUGGCACCACUUAUUUUGUUUUUAAAAUGAGAUACCAAUGUAUCAUUGCAAUCUGCUCCUUUUUUUCUGUUUCCUUUUCAUUCUUUGCUGAUGCAGAAGACAGGCAAAGGACCAAAGGAGUUGAAACUGCCCCUCGAAGACCCUCCCUGUACCUUCAGGAGGACACUGGACUGAAAUUAAAAUAAAACCUCUCUGUUGCUGAGGACUUGAUUUCAGAGGAGUUCCCUGACCCUUUCAAAAACCUUAAGCUGUAAAUGUUUAAAAAAAAAAAAAGGAGAAGAAAAUUUAAAAAAAUUUUAAAACAUUAGCUCCUUUUUUAAAUUAUGAGGUGACAUAGGGAAUUUUAGGAAUUAUGAUUUGAUAAAGAACUUACUGGGUCUCCAGCUGUGGGGCCGAGCUCUGCCAGCCUCGCCUCGCAGCCGUGGUCUCUCUGAAUGUUUAAUACACCAGAAUGAGCCCUGCGAGCUAUGCCAUGAUGUCUGUAGUCAGAGGACAGAGAAGAGUACAGUGGGCUCUUCUAAGCCUAGUAGUCUCAGGCUGUGAUCAGUUUUUUAGAAAUUUAUAACUCAAACUCGAGAAAUUUGUAACACAAACUUGAGCAACUGUAGCAUUAAAGCAAAGUUCUUUGUUGUAAUUGAAUUUUCAUCCAAGUUAGGAAAAAAAAUUGUUCUAGAGAGAACAAUAGUUUGUAUCAGCACCUUAGUUUUAUCACACUUAUAUUUCUAAAUUUCAUAAUUUUGCUGUAGAUUAAUAAAUAGUUUCUUUCCAGAUUGACCAUAAAUUGCACUGAAAGAAUUAAACCAGCAUAAAUGCCCCCUACAAAGUUUUAAAUCACGUAUGGAUCAGUGAAACAUUAAUGUCCUGAAAAUAUAUUUUCUUCUUUUCAUUAAUUUUCUGUUCUUAAUCUCAAACAGUCUUUUACAAAAAAAGCUGUUUGUCAGUAGAGCAACACUAGUAAAUUGUGCUCUGAGGAGAAGCUGAUGCAAGGAAGGGGCAUUGGAGAAAUACUGCAUUUCAUAAACAAAAUCACUAGAGCAUUAGGAGAGCAAACAUGUGGUUUUAUGAACAUAGUUAUAAAUAUUUAAACAUGCAAAAUGAAAAUGUUACUAAAUAUCUGGUUUUCAUUAUCUUUCGAUGAACAUUUUCAUUCUUGGAAACAUUGCUAGCUGUCUGCACAAAACAAUCACCACCCCCCUCCCCAGAAUGAAUGAUGUGUAAUGUGAAAACGUGUUAAAAUGCACAGUUGUUUGUAAUAUCUUCUACCAAAGUGGAAGACAUUCUACCAAAUUUGGUAUUCUACUGAAUCCCAAAGUAUUCUUGCCCAACAAACAGGCAACCAUCCUGCUUCUGUCAGCAACUCGCUUGCUAGAUGUUAUGAAAAAUCUGAGGAUGGUUUGGAAAAUAUAAGAUGUCACUCAGCGAACUUGGAGUCGCGUCCUGCCAUCCUUUCUCCAGUGAAAUUCCUACAGAAGUCAACAAAAGAUGUGGCUGCUGAUUUUAUCAUUAGCAACGUAUUAUUUUGAAGUGUCAACAAGUGUGGAAAGCGUUCUGUGUGCCUCUGUGGAAGGGUCGGGAAGUUUGGGGUGGGAAGCCUGAGGUCCACCCCUUGGCCAGGCUUGGCGUGGGUGUGAGGCUGCACCUUUAAACAGGAUGGUAGCAGGCAGAGGGAGGCACAGGUUGUGCAAUUUAGCUUUUGUGAGUGGAGGCCUGUGAGAAAGCAGAGGCCACGCUGUGCAUCACUGUUCAUAAUAAGGCAGGUGUCUGAUUCCUCAGACCCAGCGUAGUCAGCCGUCGCUCUUGGCUUCGGUUCUCCCCCAUCCGUGCGUCCCCACCAAGCUCCGACUGUGCCGCGUAUGUCAUGAAAUAGGAUGCCAGAUGAAAUAUUUAUUUAUUUUUUUAAAGCACCGGGAAACCCAUUUUAUAUUAGUCACAUAUUUAAUCUUGACUGUGGUGAGGCUGUGCCAUGCUGGGUGGAGGCACGGCCUCCGUGCGCUGGCACAUCGGCACGCACGCGCGCGCUGUUUACUAUUCCUCCUGCAGUUGCUCCCACCAAUAAAUCUGCACUUGCUGUAGCCAGGAUGGAAAUCUUUAAGACAAAGGACUUGAAUGGGCAGUUUUUUAUUGCUGUGAUAGAGUAGAAGGCCCCAAGCUGGGGGCUAGUGCAUGCAUGAAUGCUGCCCCCCUUGGCUUGGUACUGUCUCCUGCGAGCUCUAUACCAAGUACCAGAGACUGUAAAGGGGAGAGGGCCCCAAGGCUGGUAUUUCCCUAUUUCAAUUCUUGCUUCUCUGACUGCAGUAAAUCCCAAAGAAAUGAUGGCUGAGAAGCAAACUUGGAGCAAGAGUGUGGAAGGGGAGGCUGUUGGGUAACGCAGGGGAUGCCUGAGAGGGCAGCACAAAAACGUGGGAAUGAGGAAAGGAGGAACAAAAGAGAUGUGGGUUGGCGAAGGAGGAAUAGUCUAGUGAAAGGCGGCCGGGCUGGUGCAGCAGCAAGGAGCUGCUCCUUGUCCCUGUGUGUGAAUACAUCCAGCUGAGCCUUUUGCAUUUGCAGGCUGUUCAGGCAGAGCCCCCACAAAAGUGUGUGAGUCUCUGGAGACGUGCACAGGAUUUGCCCUGUGGGAAGCAGCGUGUGGUGCUCGGGGUGAGGAACCCUCCACGCUACACAAGUUUUGGCUCCCAGGAUGCAGCUGUGCGUGGCUGUUGGCCGGGUGCAGUGCGUGGGCACCGGCGGCGCCAUUCCCGUGCCCGGGCUUUGGGAUGUGGCUGGUGACGGAGUCCCUUGGCAAGCCAGACCCGAGCUGCGAGUGGGGAGGAACAGGCUGGCUUCACGCAGGCAGCUUUGUGCCCACCAGGCUCAGGACCAGAGGGACCCUUGGGGAGCUGUUGUUGCCCUCCUGCUCCCCCAUGGCUCCCACUCCGCUGUGUUCCUGGAGGCCACAAUGGGGUCCUGCCACGGGGGAGGGACUGGGGCUGGUUUCUCAGCAGCAGGAGCGAUGGUGCUGUGCUCUAUCCACUUACGUCAAUGCAGACCUUUCCAUGGACUCCAGUCUGGGUUGGAUCAAGCCUUGCAUGAUUGUGGCCCUUGUGCAUUUCAAAACUGUGUUAAUCUAUAUCUGGAUCCCAAUGGGGGCACUAUGGAUGAGCUGAGCUCAAACAAUCCUUGGCAGGAGGGACGGACUGGAGUUGGCAAGGAUUUUUGUCCCAUUAUUGGUUACUCGGAGGAAGGAAUGUACGCACCAUUUUAAUAUAUGACAACUUGAGGUCUGUCAUCUUCAGCAUAUUAGAAAAGCCUCAUUUUUAACAAAUCCCAGAGUGUUUACUAGGCAUCGUGAUGCAGCUGGAUUGAGACUGCAGGCUGGUCAUGGGCAGAGGCGCAGGGUCUGCUCUGUGUCUCUUUAGGCAUGGAGCAACUUCUCCUGCUGUUGGGUUGGCCCUGUGGGAGCCAGCAGCAGAUCCUGGAGCUGCUCACCUCUUGCUCCCAUCAGACCUUGGCAGCAGGAGAAAUGGGAAUAUUGGGGCAGAAAAAAGCAGUUGCAGUGCAGCCUGUAGAGCAAACCAUGCUGAAAGCUUUCCCCAACUAGUUAAAUCUGCCUGCGUGUUCUCAGCAAGUUUAGCCAGGGGUUAUUUACCAAGCUCAGAGGAAACUUGCCUGUCUGCACUAAAAUCUCCAAAUCAUGUCCCAAAGACCCUGAGAGAGAUUUUUCACACUCUCAGUCAGUUUGCUCUUUCCUCUAGUGAAAAUUCCAGAUGGGUGCUUGUGUUGAAAACUGGUUUGUAUGAAGUCACACUUUUCGGCUUUCUUGUUCUGGGUUUCUAAAGUAGGAGAAUUAAACUCAUAAAGGUUUUUCAAGAUUAUUUAAACUUGUUGUAUCAAGACCAAGAAAUUAAUCCAGAUAACUUAGAAAUGGCUAGGAGAGAUGGAGAAAAUAUGUUUGGUGUUUUGUGUUGUUUGAACAUUUUUUGUGGGUUUUUUUUGGUUUGUUUUUAUUUUUGGGUUUUGGGUUUUUGGGGGGUUUUUUUGUUUUGUUUUUGUUUUGAAGGUGGAAGGAGUUUUAAAAUAUUUUUUUUUUAUUUUACCAAGAAUUAUUUGUAUUUUUAUCAACCAAGAAACCAUCCGAGCACUUAGCAAACUGUUCCUUUCAACAACAUCCCCAUAAAGUGAGAGUAGAAAUAAUCAACAAAAAGAAUAGGUGUCAGUCUUAGACAGCCAACUGUGUUUCUGGGUAAUCUAAUGCCUUUUUAAUAUCUUGCUUUUAAUGCAGCUCAGAGAAUGGUUUGAUGGACAAGGCACUGAUGCUCAAGAGCCUGAGUUCAGUUGUUAGGGUUAUGUCAAAAAUUAUUUUUCACAGACAACUGUAGUUGGAGCGUCAGCUUCCAUUAAGUAUUUUAAGGCCUCUGAGGUUCAGUGCUAGCAGACCAUGUUUUGUAGCCUUUGGUUUGCUUCUGUGGCGACAAAAACAGAAGGUCUUUGGUUAACUUCUGACCACUGACAUAUUAAAUGAAGAUGAGCAUUUGAGCAACAUCAGUGAUUUCAAUUGACUCAUCAAUUGCCAUUGCAUAGCAGUCCUCAUGUUUCACUUUGGUAACAAGCUGAUCUGCCACAUCUGAUGCCAGCAAUUCAGUCCUUCAAACAAAUGACAUGUUUGAUAAAGAAAUCUUUUAAAAUUCAUUAUGCACUUUGGCUUUUGUCUUUCCUUUUAAUACAGCAUCUGUUGCAGCCGGGAUACAUUCCUUGAUCGUUUCUGAGUCUGCAAUUAUUUUUAUGCCUGCCCAGUGUCCCGGAGAUGUGAAACGAAGCUGCCAUGCUAUGCUGCUGAGCCCUGAAACUCUACACAGACAUUCAAUUUAAUCUCUUGGAACAGACUGCAUUAAAGUAGUGUCAUCAGUGCACACUUGUGAUAAAAAGACGACAUGAAGAAAGACAGUGAACUAAAAGGCCCUGCUUUUUUUCUGGGAAGAAAAUGGGAUAUCUGUCCCUUCAUUUGUUUCACGGAUUCCUUGCGCAGCCAUUUAAAUUCAGCAGAAGUCUCCAAAUGUCUAAACUUUAUCCUGAGCAUUUUUUUCAGUGCUGGAAAGGAAUACAGUUAAGUGUUCCAGGGGGAAUUUUAUAGAAAAUGCUAUAUGCAAUGUUAAUUACUUGGGAUGGGGUCAUACAUUUUUCCAUACAGAGCCAGUAGAGAAACAAAUACAGGACUCGACGAGAAGUGAUCUGCAGGGAUCCACUGAUCAGUGGCUCCAAAGGCUGGCAGAAGAAUCACAAGGUCUUUAACCCAAAGUGCCCCCAUGUGCCUUCAUCCUGCUCCAUGCCGGAGCUCUGUGAAUAGCUGGAGCUGGAAGAAAUGACAAACUUCUUGGGUGCCACAAGAGAUUGCAUCAGCAUUACUGAUCCUCACUCGGCUCGUUACUGAAAAUGCAUCAAGCAGCUAUUUGGGUCAGACUGCUAAAUUUGUAGACACGGAGUGUCAAGAAGCCUUUUUGUCAACUUGGUACCGUUUAGUGUUAUUUGUCCUCAAGUUCAAAGCAAUCCUGGCCUCAGACUUGUGAUAUUUUCUGCCCUUUCCCCUUUCUGUUGGCUCAGACCUCUUCCCUUUGAGGUCAACAUCAAAAUAAAGAUGUAUGUUUCCUCAGCCUGA